GCCGGUGCAUCCACGCCUCGAGCUCCGAUGGAUUCGCCGCGAUACAACAGCUCCGGCCAGUAUGCCACGGUUGAUGUGAGUCCCAAAUAUUUUUCGUCGUCGCGCGGGCCCUCCGGGUCGUCUCAAUUUCCUGCCUGGCACGACCGCCGAUUCUCUCACACCUAUGUCCGGGCUACUACUCCGUUUGGAGAAUCCGACGAGGACGAGAUAUUCGAGGCUUCGGGGCGCACCUAUGUGUUGCUUGCCGAGUCGCGAACAAAGGGUCGCAGGAACUCGCAUCAUGUUCAUGAUUAUGAAGGGAUACGGUACACUAAUCACGACGACUACCCACAGGGUACCGCCGCUUACUACGCCGACUACAGCCGUGAUGCCUACGACUCUCCGCAGUCGCACAUCCCCCCUACACAUGUCCGACCUCCCACCAGCCACGGCCACACCCGCCGCUCUUCGGCAGCCGCGGCCAAUGUCCCCCAGAGACCGUCCACCGUCCGUCCAUCGACCCAGGCCUACCGCACAAAGACAGCUGCCGCGACGACACCCAAGGCUACCGAGGCCGAUGCUCGAAAGCACCGAAUUCCCACGGGCUACUCGCUCAAGAACUGGGAUCCUUCAGAGGAGCCCAUCCUCCUCCUCGGCAGCGUCUUUGAUGCCAACAGCCUGGGCAAGUGGAUCUACGACUGGACCGUCUACCGAGCAGGAGCCAACUCCCCCAUUGCCGAUAUGGCAGGUGAGCUCUGGCUCCUUUUGAUUCAGCUCUCCGGAAAGGUCAAGCGCGCGGAGGACGUCGUUGGCCGUGUACGCAACACCGAGAACCGAGAGAUUAUGACCGACUUUAUCGAUGCUGGUGAGCGCCUCACAGAGAAGCUCCGCGGGCUGCUCAAGGCUUGCGAGGCCCCCAUGCUCAAGGCCGCCAAGAAGAAGCAGUCGGGUCUGGGCAAGAACUCUGGUGUUGAGUUUGUGGAUACCCUCUUCGGCCGAGACCGAGAGCUUGCCAAGACAGAGAAGUUUAUGCAGAGCGUGAGGCUCUUCAGCCUCCGAUUCGAUGCCAACUGCGAGAACAUUCUGCAAAACCCAUCAUCCUAAACGCCACUUUGCUGGUUACUAUCUUACCUUUUUUACCACCUUGGUGUGAGAAACAAUAUCAAUUCCCACAAUCCAGGACAAUCGACCCCCACCACAGAGGACUGUUCCGGGAGCCGACCCGUUAAAGAGGAGAUGCGUAUGAAUUUGCCCUGGACUUUUUUCAUAUGACCAAGCAUCUCACGUAUCCUUUUUAAUCUUUCCUUUUAUUGUUAUCCGAUUGGCAACUUCCCUAGGAUCCCGGACCAUCGAAGUUGAUUAAUGGCCCACUCCGCCGGAUGGAAUGGCCAAGAAAGACGAAAGACUGUACACUAAUGCUACUGUUUGUUUUUGUUCUCGUCCGAGGAUUUCCUAUGGAUACCCAAUCUUGCGGACUCUUUAUUUCUAUUUCCUAUGUUCUGAAACUCGGUCUCGGAGCGAUGAAUGGCUUUUCUUUCCUUAUUUUUCGGUUAUUCAAAAGACAGAUUUCUUUUAAGGGCGACCUGUACUACCACCAAUGCACACGCGGAGGAGACACCGAGACACGGGGCAUUUUUCCAUCUAGAGAUACCCAGCGUUAUCAUUUCGGGCGCGUCGCGAGUAAGCGAGAGAGAUGAGGAAAAAAUGGCGACGGCAAGGUGGCGAGGUUGUCUGUUUUACAUGACUUUUAUUGACUGGAUUUUCUUUCUUUUCUUCUUUCUUUUCUUGGGUUUAAUGUGCUGCGGCAGCAACGAUUUUACAGUGUGUUUUUUUUUUAUUGAGGAUUUUGAGAGAUUGGGAAUACUAGAUGGAGGACUUUAGUUUACUUCAAAAUGAUGAUGGCUUUGACGAGCUCGAAUAUUUAUCCCCCUCU